UUUCGCUGGAAAAAACAAACCUUCGCUUCCGGUAUUUGCUUUGGGUGGGGUUGGUGUUGAAGGCGUGGCUCGAUAAACCUUUGGCCUUGCGGACUCGUUCUUUCGGCUCGUUCUCAGCACAGCUGCAGUUCUUCCCGGUAAAACGCUGCUUUCGCGGUGUGGGCCUCAGAAAAAGGCAAAGAAAUUUGGCUGAAGAUGUUGAUCAAAGUCAAGACCCUGACAGGAAAAGAAAUUGAUAUCGAUAUUGAGCCUACGGACAAGGUAGAGAGAAUAAAGGAGAGAGUGGAGGAGAAGGAAGGCAUACCUCCACCACAGCAGAGGUUGAUUUUCAGCGGGAAGCAAAUGAAUGAUGAGAAAACAGCUGCAGACUACAAAGAUACAAGGUGGUUCAGUACUCCAUUUAGUGCUCGCCCUCAGAGGAGGACUCUGACACUGUAUCACUACGUCAUCCCAAUGAACUCUGCAAAAUUUAAAAUGUUAGUUUUUAAGAGGUAGUAUAUAUGCUGUUCAUGACAUGCCAUUGUGGAUCUCUUCCCAUUGUUGAUUGUGAUGCCCAAAGUCUUGCUAUAGAUUUCGUAACGGUGAGCAUUCUCUCCCUAAUAUUUAUAAAAUC